AUGGGAAAAGAGAGUUACAAAGAUUGGAAUUUCAGCCUGCUCCAUGAACUCACGGAACGAGAGGGACGCGAUGCCCUGGAUCUUGCGCUCUCUUUCAACCUCCCAGAGGAGAUAUUGAAUGCGCGUUCCCCAUCAGGUCGCACGGCUCUUCAUGAGGCCCUUGUUAACGACAAGUUCCGACAUCUAGCUUCCACUCUCAUUAGUACUUGUGGCAUUGACCUUGGCCUUAAAACUGACCUUGGCCUUAAAAAUAUAUGUGGAGCCACGGCAUUGCAUAUUGCUCUGGAACGGCAAGAAUGGGACUUGGCUCACGAAAUCAUCAAGGCGGGGUGUCAAUUGAAUGUCAUCGUUCUACACUAUGGAUUGUUUCAUUGGAACGAACUACAUAUUUCUAUUGCGAAGAAUGCCCCCGUGGAUAUUAUUUCUAGUUUGCUGACUGGUGGUGCGGGUAUUAGUUAA